UUGACGAUUUGCAUCGCUAGUAGCAUAGUAAAAAUGCUGUCGAUUUUGUGUAUAGCGGCACUUGCCUUCGCUACUGUAUCAGGUCUACCUGAUCAAAGAAUAAUCGGUGGUGCUUUGACCACGAUCGACAGAUUUCCCUACGCGGUUGUGAUAUUGAGUUCAACUGAUGGUACGCAAUUCACGCAGGCUUGCGGGGGCACCAUCAUCAACAACAGAGCUAUUCUGUCAUCUGCUGAAUGCUACCACGGACUAACCAGAACUUGGCGUGCUCGCGCAGGCUCCUCGUACGCCAACAGCGGCGGCAGCGUUCACAACAUCGGCCAAAUCUUCAUCAACCCGUCCUACGACAUUAUCGGAGGCGACGGCGACUUGGCCGUCCUUCACGUAACUUCGGCGUUCUCGUACGGUAACAACGUGCAACCUGCGCGCGUUGGAGGCGCCAACUACAACUUAGGGAAUGGCGUUUCAGUUACAACUGUCGGAUGGGGACAGACUACGUACGGCGGUCAGAAAUCCGAGCAGCUCCGUUCGGUGGAAAUAUGGACUGUGAAUCAGGAAACCUGCCGACAGAACUACAACAUCAUUUCGAUCACGGUAACCCCGAACAUGAUGUGCGCCGGACACCUCGGAGUCGGCGGCCGCGACAUCUGUCCCGGGGACUACGGUGGUCCCCUCCUGCAUGAUACUGACGUCAUAGUCGGUGUCGCCUCUUUCGGUACCGGCUGCGGCUACGCCAACUACCCCGGUAUAUACUCCAGGGUCGCGCCAUACUCCAACUGGAUCGUGUCCACAGCUUAACGUGCUAAUAAAUAUUUGC